GCUACGUCAGCGUAUAUUAAAAACUACUUUCAACAUACGUGGCUCUUAGACUGUGGCUGCGAGGCGUGGAGUAGGAGUUUCACGGUUGCAAAAGCAAGUCAUUUGAGGUCACCAUGGAUCAGGUAAUGCAGUUUGUGGAGCCCAGCCGCCAGUUUGUGAAGGACUCCAUAAGACUUGUGAAGAGGUGUACCAAACCAGACAGAAAAGAGUUCCAGAAGAUUGCCAUGGCAACAGCAAUUGGUUUUGCCAUCAUGGGCUUCAUUGGUUUUUUUGUCAAACUGAUCCAUAUCCCCAUCAACAACAUCAUUGUGUAA